CUGCUGUUCGUGCUCGUCGUAACUCAUUUUCCUUUCUCUACCUUGACUCUUCUCUUCCACUCUCCCCUCCAGACCUCCCUUAACAACAUGGGCUCCGAAAACCCCUCCAAUCCCCUCUGGACCACCCAGUCCGUCCUGGCAAGCCUCCCUCACCCCCCAGAGGAGAACUCCGCCUCUCCGAUCCCCUUCUUCCACCUCCUCGAACGUCUCAAGACCACCAAGCGCGAAGGAUGGCGCCGCUUCGGUAUUAACUCCGGCGAAUCCAUCUCCGACCACAUGUACCGCAUGUCGGUGAUGACCAUGCUCGCGCCGCCUACCCUGGCAUCCCGCCUCAACCUGCCCCACUGCAUGAAGAUGGCCCUGAUCCACGACAUGGCCGAAUCCCUCGUCGGCGACAUCACCCCCGUCGACCGGGUCGACAAGACCGAGAAGGCGCGUCGCGAGGCCGCCGUCAUGGACUACAUUGCCAACAACCUCCUGGGCGGCGUUCCCGGUGGCAUGUUGACCGGACAGGAGAUUCUGAAGGUGUUCAACGAGUACGAGGCCAACGAGACUCUGGAGGCACAGUUCGUCCACGACGUCGACAAGAUGGAGCUGCUGUUGCAGAUGGUGGAGUACGAGCGCGCCAACAACAUCGACCUCACGGAGUUCUGCCACGUUGCGAACAAGGUGCAGUUGCCGGAGACGAAGGAAUGGGCCGCUACGGUGCUGCAGGAGCGCGAGAAGUUCUGGAAGAGCAAGGCGACGGCAUAAGCAUGAACAUGAUCAGAUGUGACACAUAGUACGAUAAAGAGUACGGCGUUAAAGUGAUGAUUACGACCGUGGAUGGUACGAGAAUGGGGGUUUUCGGGUCUUGUUCGUUUAUUUCUUUUCCAUGAUACGGAUGCUGUGCAUAUUACAUUACACUCCGUGCGAGGCGUUGGGGGAG